UCGUAUUGGGUUUUAAAAUUAGAGUUGAAGAACCUCCGACUUUCCGAGUCGGAAUUUCACCUUCAAUUCAUUUUUCCGACCUGGAAUUCUAAAUUUCCGAGUAAAGCCUCAACGCAGCAUAACGCCAUUGGUCAGUUAGAUGUCGCGCUUCCAGCGGAAGUGAUUUGUUUGAAAGUUCUUUCCCAUCUGGCUAGCUUAGAGACAUGUCCACUUCUAGGUCCAUCUGCUGCCUUUAGAGACGGACUGUGAGGAAACCAUGAGUGGAAAAACGCGAGACAAAGUGGUGACAUCGGGAAGACUGACAGGAAAAGUUACAGUGAGCCGAGCGCCUCCUGAUGGAGGACCUCCACUCCAACCUCAGCCUGACUACUCUCUCUACUCCACAGACUCAGAGGACCAGGUCACCACUCUCCACAGGGGCCUGGACAAGUGUGCUGCCUUGCUCAGUGGCAUUCUUGUGGCAGACGAAGCAGCAUCAGCAGGUCUUCAGAGAACCCCGAAGAAAGAAACGAUUAAACCAAGAUCCUCCAGUUUCCAAGGGAAAAAGCCUGGAAAGAAAUUCCCAGCGAAGGCAGCCACUCCAACUCUGUUAAGAAUUGUAAAGGGUGGCACAGUCAAAUCAAGAGGAUCCACCUCCCAGGGGAAGGCGAGCGAAAGGAAACCGGCCAUAAAAUCAGCUGAUGCUCAGAGGUCAGAACGGCGCCAACCAGCAGCCGCCCACAGCUUCACCCCUCCGGCUCCGCACUCCGGAGUGAAGCUUCAUCCUCCUCAGAAACCAACCCAGUCUGUUCAGUCUCUGUCUGCGGGCUGUCAGACAUCUGCGCGCCAGUCCGCCUCCGUCCCGCCUCCGCUGCGGUCCAGCGCAGCGCUGCGGGACCAUCGGAACCAUUCCCGCUCUGCGUCUGCAGUGUGCGAUGGGAGGGAGGAGUGUGGUCCUGUGGGAGGUGCUGAUGGUGCAGCCGGCUGCAUCCCGAGGGAGAGCUGCUGCAGGGAGGAGAUGCUCCGCUCUCUGCUGGAAGAAGUCCGGGCUCUGAUUCCUGGACAAGGCAAUGUAGCAGAGUGGCUGCUUGGCUGUUUGGAGCAGACCGUCUGUGUUUCAGACACUCAGAACCCUGAGCUCUGCAGUGUGAAGAAUCGGCAUGAGAAGGUGGAGGAGCCACAGAAAGGCCAGAUACUACUUUCUUCAGAAGAACCGAGCCUCCAACAGGAAGUCAUCUCUGCCCAGUCCAGCCUUCAGCGACUCCAGGAUGACCUCACAGAGCUACGGAAAGCUCUGCAGGACACACAGAGCCGGCUGAGGGACACCGAGGCAGAGAAGGCCCUCAUUAAGACAGAGUUGGAGGCGGCUAGAAACCGGCUGCUGGAGAGCGAGCGAGAGAAGAUUGAGCUAGCAUCAGUCGCUCAGCUAAGACUGAAGGAAAUUAAACAUCUUAGAAGGCUCCUUCAGAGUCACUACUCAUCAAAACCUAUGGAUGUCCAGAACUCAUUGUCCGUCACCAAGCAGUAUUUUGGCCAACAAAAUCGAGUAGCGGCAUCCACUGACCGCAUCAAGGAGUUCCUGAUCUCCCUUAACCAGGGGGAGCCCACACACACCGAGAGUCUGCGCGUUGCUGCAGAGCGAGAAGAAAACUCGAAAGGCGACGGAUCAAAUCAAAGAGAGCAAUGUGUUGAGACGUUACCUCAUCACCAGGAUCAUCAUCAUCAUCACCCCAACCUAGCCUUCUCUGAGGACGUCCCGCCGUGCGAGGCGGCGUCUGUGUGGUCCAACUGGAGCAUGAAGUCGGAGUCGACCUUUAACACCAGAGAUGAGGCGGCGUUCAGAGAUGGCCUGGCAGCUCUGGACGCCAGCAUAGCCAACCUGCAGAAAACCAUUCAGCUGGAUCUGAGGAAAUGACCCGUCGGCCUCCAGGUUUCUACAGCUCAGUGUUUGACCUUUUUUUUUUUUUUUAAUAUAUGUAAGGAUUCAAAUAAAGUGUCUUUCCUCCUUUUUAUUCUUAAAACCUCUGAGCUCAGCUUUACAUCAAGGAAAGAGCAGAUUUCUUAAUCACAGCAAAAACUCAGAAUAUGUCGCUAUGUGUAAAAUCGGUUUUAUUAGGAAAGAGCAGGACAAAAUAGAAAACUAGCUCUGAAUAGCAGUGUUGCUGGUUUAAGGCAGUUGUGGCAGCACAGCUGACAUGGCUUGUCCUUUUAGCACAAGGUUCCCCUUUCGUAAAACAUAAAUAGGUUUGGAUCAAGUCCCUGGAGACAGAGUCACAGCACGGUACAAAACGUUCCCUUUGGUACAUCGAGGCCUUCAGUUUAGUUUCAGUGCAGCAGAUCCUCUUGGUGAUGGACAGAGGGGGGCCUCAUCUGGCCACCCCUCAUAGUGCAAAAGCAGCGGCGGUGUAAACGUGAAUACACCACACGAGGUGGCUGGUAGAAACCGUCAGUUUUACAGGAGCUACCGCAACCAACCUGGCAACUUGCAAGUUGCUCAUGUCGAUGUUCCAUGCUUUCCAAGAGCUCCCAGCUCUUCAGAUUAUUUUCCAAGCUCCUUAAAUGCAUCUAAAAAAAACAACAACUAAAUACAGAACCAAAGAAAAGUGGAGACAAAGUUCCAAUAAAG